AUGAAGGUGAAUUCCUACUUGCCUUCAACUUUGAAGGGUCAUUGUAUUUCAAUUCACCUUACCAAUGAAGAUGGUUGCAGUUCUGUUUUGACAACUCAGGCAUCUACCAAGGGAAUAAUACCAAUGGACAGGAAAUCAAAGUUUCUUGAAUCAGAGUAUGAGAUGGUGAUUGACGUCUACAUAUGUUCUCAACUGAUGUAUUUGUUCCAGCAAUCUCAGAAUCUACACACAUAUGACGUUAAUUUGACCUUAAAAUGCACAAACAUACAUGAUGUUCCUAUAAAGAACAUGCUCACUCCCAAACAAGAAAACAUGUUUUGAUUCUUGGCUCAAGCUAUCUACCACUAUCGGGGACCCAUUUGUAACAAAUGUGAAAGUUGUCACUAGUCGUUAACCGAUAAAAAUGACAAACACCAAGUAUAAUAGAGUUGGUACGUAAUAUUUAUCAAUCUAAGAUAAAAAUACAAUAUUUCGUAUUAAGAUGCAUAAGAAAAAUCAGCAAAACCGUGUGUAACCUAUAAAAAUAAGUGCACGAAAAGUUAGGUUAUUUUGAAUAAAUAAUAACAUAUUCCAAAAACACACAUCUUCCCGAUCCCGAAAAUAUGAAUUUUGUAAAAAUCCGACUCCAUAAGAAUUAUAUAUAUGAUUUUUAUAGAUGUAAAAAUCAACCACGCGUAAAAAGUUGCAACGUAAAAAACUACGAAGAGAAAGAUUAACCUUUAGCUAAAGUCACCAAAAGGAUAAUCGUAGUACUCCUUCGAGAUAAGAAUUUUGAGACAAUAAUAAAAACAGAGUCCGUAUGAGAGAUAUAUGAUUUUUGCAAAAUCAUUUAAAUAUGUAAAAAUAAAGGCUAAAAAUAGAGUCA